AUGCCGGAAAGCGAAGCUGGCUCGGUGAUCCCCGCGCAACUCUCCUUUCUCGCUAUCUAUAACCCAACCCUCGGACCCACCGACGAGACGCUCGAAGACCAAAUCGUGUUCUACACCUCGAGAUCGGACUACCUACAACGGACAGAGGGAUCGCCUACUGAAGAGGAGGGUAGCAAGCCUCCCGAGGGUGGCAAAAAUGAGAGGUUGCGCCAGAUAGGUUUGGCGCAGGGGAUGGUGAACUUCGCUAGUGAUUUUUCGUCAGGCAAGACAUUGGACUAUGUUGAGACCGCAAAGACAAGAGUGGUGCUCCUCGAGCUGGAGAAAGACUGGUGGGUGGUUGCUUCUAUCGACCUGACGCGGUUACCAGCUGAGCCAACGCAAACCUCCGCAAAUGAUACAGCUAGUAGUACAAAGUUUCAUUAUUCGGCAAGGGAAAUGGGACACCCGCGGCUCCACAUUCAACAACUGCGCCGCGCCCACUCAAUAUUUCUUCUUCUCCAUGACUUUUCUCUGAGCGAUCUUUACGAGCGUGCGGGUCGAUCCUCAUUUUGUCUCUUCCUUGAACGGUUCUGGGAGAAAUUCGCAUGGAACUGGGAGUUUCUCUUAACCGGAAAUCCAAUCGUUGAUAUCUAUAAUGGAAUCAAACUUGCUGCGGGCGGCGAGUUGGGAAUCGGUGUCGGAGAAGAAGAAUGGGGCAGCGGAGAGAGAGAGGUUCUUGAAGACUUUGUGGGGAGAACAGACGGCUUGAUCGAUCUGGUAGUCUCGAGAUUCGGCGACUCAUCGGCCCAUUCCGGAGAUUCCCCGUCUCAAUUCAAUGAGGAAAAGCAAUGGCUAGGGCAGGACACCGAUCCUCGACCGGCUGACGGUGUCAUCUUUUCGGGUGUCGAUACCAUAUCGCGGCGCUCAGUCGCUCAUGUUUCACACUGGAUGGAGUCGAUUUACCGAUAUGGCGAUGCGACGUAUGGUAUAGGGCGAGACCCAGUCUCCCUACGCCGACGAAAGCUCCGAAGACAUAGAGAAAGGAGCUCCGCUGGUCGCCAAGAUGGCAAAACCCCGUCAACUCCAGAGCGAAUUCAUACGCCCGGCAUACCUCGACCGCUUGUCUUGGCCACACCGCAAACUAUUCCAGAAGGUCAGGGCGAGAACACGGCCGAGCGAGAUGAGGUUGCUCCACCCGGAAGCGAUCCAAAGAGCGACAAGUCAGUCUUUGGGACCGAAGCAGUCAUGAAAUAUCUGACUCUGGGGUAUGGGUCAUCUUGGAGUCUCUCUAGCAUGUCCACUCCGUCACUUACUGGUUCCCCGGCUCCUGAUGUCGGCAAGCCAUCAACUGGUAUUAUAGAACGAAGUCAGCCAUCCACCAACCCUGUUCAGACUCCGCCCUCAAACGGGCCAAGUAGGCUACACCAGGAACCUAAUAAGGAUGCUGGUCGUUUCGUUUUGGGACCUCGCGACGAUUUGGACAUACUGGAUGACCUGGAAGAAGGCAGUCCGGUAUUCGAGUCAGACGCGAACAAAUCCAAGACUCGCAUCGUGCAUCGAACUCUUCAUCUUCAUUUGGGAGAUGGAUCGGGUGGAGACGGUGAUUCACGAAAGCUUGAGGCCGUGAUCUAUGUACACCAACCAUUCAUGUUCACUUUCCUCUUCGAUGCGAAUACAACACCUCUUUCAUCUCCAUCUCUCUACACCAGCAUUCAUCACCAGCUAGGCCCCCUUCAGAAAUCACUACUGUCUUCCACCUCCCCAGCAACAGCUGCAUCCCGCAUUUCAACAUCUGAAGGCACCGCCGACCCUAAAAACCGAUUUUCCUCCCGAACUCAACCAGUCCACGAUCUAGUCUACGACCCGUCCAAUCUAACAAUCCGAUCCUCCAUCCCUAACAUCCCUAGUCUAGGCACACCCUCCCAAUCACCCAGAAUACCACAAUCUCCUCGCACGCCAUCUCCCUCAUCCAUCCAACUAUCAUCUGCACCAAAGUGGUCCCGUUUAGAGAGUCUCGCCAUUCACCACCGCCUCUUGUCCACUUACAUCGGUACCCGUUCCCGUCCGCAAGAACUUGAGCGCACCUGCAAGACUAGCCGUGGCUGGUGGAUUCUCUGGGUCCGCAUCCCACCGACGGGCCCAUCACCACCACAGGCUCUCUCCUCUGCAUCUUCAUCUGUGGCCCUAUCAUCCAUGGCUGAGGCGGAAACCGAGGAUGUUCACUCCUUGCCACCCGGUGUUCCAGAACCACAAGAAGCUUUUCUUGUCCGCAAGGCGAGUGACUAUGUCUCCCCUGCGAACCAGGAUCGAAUGAGUAGCGGUGCACGCUUCUUCCGUGACUUGGGUGGAUCGUCUUCUAAGGCUUCUCGUAGUGCUGAUACUACUACUCCCUCGAAACUAGUGGAGGGGCUUGGACUGGAUGCUCGGAGAUAUGUUGAGGGGCUACUGCGAUUUAACAAGUGA